CCUCCACAUAACUUCCCACUCCUUAGUUUUCUCUCUGACUUUGCCUUUCUGUAAAGUGGUGGUGGAUAGAGAAAAAGCUAUGGCAGCAUUUUCUGCGAAUAUUAUCUGUCAAACUAAAACUUUCAUUCCUUCAUCUCCUAUUCUCAAAUUCCGAAACCCAAAAUUCGUCUCCAAAUCUGCAUAUAUACGUUCUUACUAUCUCCAUAAUCAAAUUCAUCGGAAUUCUGUUUCCAUGUCUGCCGCCAACGUUGCCUCUGACGUCGAGGUUCAACAAAACCUCCCUAAUUCCACCACUCCCGCAUGGGAAGAAUUUGCUAGAAAUGUGUCAGGAGAAUGGGAUGGGCACGGUGCAGAUUUCACAAAAGAAGGCGAGCCAAUUGAACUACCUGAAAACGUGGUGCCGGAUGCCUAUAGAGAGUGGGAGGUUCGAGUUUUCGAUUGGGUAACGCAAUGCCCUACGCUCGCUGAGUCAGAUAAGUCUGCUCUUUUUUAUAAGUUGAUACACCUACUUCCCACUGUUGGAUGUGAAGCUGAUGCUGCAACCAGACAUACCGUUGAUGAGAGACAUAUAGGAGGUGUGGAUAACAAAGUUUCAGCAUUUGCAUAUAACUCAAGUGGAUGUUAUGUAGCUGUCUGGCCAAAGGAAAAUAAGGGUGUCAGUUUACUUGAAUUAGAACAUUGCUUGGUUGAUCCUCAAAAUCGAGAGGUGCGUGUUAGGAUAGUUCAAGUUGUUCGGAUAGACGGGACAGCAUUGUCAUUGUCGAAAAUCAAAGUUUUCCGUGAACAAUGGUAUGGGCCAUUUAGAAAUGGGGAAUCUUUAGGUGGAUGUUCUAUACGUGAUGCCGCAUUUGCUAAAACGGAUGUCAUCAAAGGGUCAGAAGUUAUGGGUACAUGGAAAAGUUCAAAAUGUGUAGCCAGUUUUCAGAGUUCCGAAACUAAUUUUUUCCAAGAACUUGCUGGAGAAAAGAACCAACAAUCAGUAAGAGAUGAGCAAAAUCUUGUACUGCUUCCCAAACAGUUAUGGUGUUCAUUCAAAGAAACAGGAAACGGAGAAACUUGUGCAGAAGUAGGAUGGUUAUUAGAGCAAGGACGUGCAAUCACAUCAAGGUGUAUUCUCUCAGAAGACGCAAAGUUGCAGGGAAUUGCAGUUGGACAAGAACAUGCAAUGUUGGAGAACAGCCAGUAAAAAUCCAAUGUAAAUUAUACAUGUACCGGAGUAUAGGAAUCACCACAAAGUGCUUAGACAAAAGCUGUAGCAAAUUAUAGGUACAGCUACCAACGCAUCAACUGGGAUCUUCAAGGCAACAGGCGCUGAAGAAGCGGUAGCUGUAGCCGUGCUCAAAGCUUCACAGUGGGCAAAGGUGGAAGGAUCCAGAAGGCAAUUGUCAAAGAAUAAUAGACUAUGCAACCGCAAUACAGAACUGAGUAAAUUAGCAGAAUCAAGCAACUUUGAAGGAAGCAAUGAGAACUUUGCAGUUUCUGGAAUUUGGGUAUUCUCUUCACUCAGAGAAAAAGAAAUAUGGUGGCAGACAAGGUGGCAAAAAAAGGAAGGAAAAGCACUCUUGAUCAGAUUUGCAACAACAGCAUGCCUAAUGUCAUAAAUUCUGCUUUAAUGAUGGAUAAAAACUCAAUUUUCAUUUCUAAUUUAAUUUCAAUUUCAAUUUCCGAGCCAA